GUUUUUGUGUGGAGAGUGUCAAGAGUUUUGUCAAUUUACACAAAAAAGUAGGAAAAUUUUCACUAAAUUGCACAGCAACUAAACUUUCUCCCAACCCCGGAAGUUGACUGGAAAAAAGAUGGAGAAGCAGAGAAGAAGAAGAUAUCUGGACAAACCCAUGAAGAAAUGGACAUGUGAGGAAGAAAAUAAAAUUCUGGACUACCUAAUUGAUCAUCAACCCAUUGAAACCCCAACUGGCAGGGUCUAUUAUGAGAAAUUGGUGGAUGCUCUCAAUUGGAGUACUGAGCCCAAUUUAGUUCGAUUUAAGGUCAAUAAUAUGCAGAGGAGUUACUACAAGACGCUGGAAUGGAGACAAGCGACCAUUGAAAGUGGAGAUUAUGAUGAUGAAAUGAUUAAAGAAUACAUCAAGAGACGCUGUCCUCACUUCAAGAAACUGGGAAUCCUCUACGCGACAAAUCAAAAAGCCCAGAAAGCCCUACUAAAUGCAUCAAAUAAACAUGAAGGACCACAACCACCUCAACCCUCCACAGAUCCCAUGGAAGAUAUGGACAGCCCUGAAGCUUCCACAGAUAUGCUGGAAGUUUUCAAAGUUGAAUAUCAAGAGCCAGAUUUGAAUUGGGUGUCACAGUCCUCAAGCCCAGAUAAUACCCGUGUCCAAGACCCAUCAAUUGUAGAAUCAACGGAUCCCCUGAAGGACCUAGACAAUGCUCUCUAUGCCAAAGGAACCUCCAAAGAGGCAAUGGAGCUCAAGAAGGAGCAGAUAUCUGUGCAGUGGAUGAAGCUAGAGAUUGAGAAAGAGAAGCUAUCUAUCGUCAAGGAGAAGAUCGCCCUGCAGCGAUAUCAAGCCCAGGAAGAGGCCAAAUACAAAGUCCUGCAGCUUGAGCAGCAGGAACGGAUAAAAAAGCACCAAAUUGAUAAGGAUACAGAGGUGAAGAAAUAUGAGCUGUCGCUGAAGUACAAAUCGGAACUCAAGACUGAAAUGUAAAAGAAUAUUACUCACGAGUCUUCAAUAAAAACUUCCGGGAGAUUGAGAAAAGGCACGAAGGACAGAAAAUUGCUUGUUUUAAUCAAACUUUUCUCCGGACCACUGAAAUUUAUUAGCGGCAUUUGACAGCCAAUCAGAAGCUUUCGCGCCAAUAUUCCGCAGACUUGAGCGACCUCUGUCAGAAAAAUCUGGAGGUAUUUUAAAUCAUAACGGACACAAACAUGGCGUCUUGAAAAUAAGCUUCAGCUUCCGGGAAAUCUUUUAAAACAUGCUACAACCAUUAAAAAUACACAAUAGUACAAAAUUUCUUUAUUAAAUCUGCUUUACAAGCUUUGAGAGAAAUUGUGCAUAUUAACAAGUCGCAGAGACAAAUGUACAGGAUGAUUAAUGGGGGGUGAGGAUAUUAAAUUAGUGCAGAUGAAAACUCCCUUCAGACCAAACUGGAAGCCCCAACAUUGUAAACACGCGUUCGAUUGGCCGUGCCCCCAAGAUCGCUGUCCGUCUGCCCCGAGAGACUCGGACUGGGCCCAUGGGAGCUCCCACAGAUCUUGGUACUGUAGCCAGAAUCAUUGUUCAUAUCCCGCUCCAGCUGUGCCUGUUCCAUCAUCUGCUGCUCCAUUUCCAUUUCCACGAGAUUGGCAUACCCAAAUUUCCUCGCUGACAGCAGUUUCUCUCUCUGCGGCAUCACACGAACAGGAUUAUCGUACUCCGGCUGAACCAGGAAGUCAUUCACAUGAUACGGCAGUGGAUUGCGAUUGCGUGAAUCAGAGAAACUCGUGAUCAUCUCAUCUCCCGGAGCUCCAUAGCGAUUUUUGUGGGGUAAUUCAUGAAAAUAGGCAUCCUUGGGAAUCAAGGCUGUUCGAUCGAAAUGUGCCUGACCAUUAGCUGCCCAGGUGGUCUGUCCAUUCGGCAGACAACCAUUAGCCUGGCCAGAUUGACUCAGACCCGACCGAUAGUUGGCUACCUGAGGCUGUGCUCGAUGAUAGGUAAGUGGCAGGAGAGAUUCCUCUAUGUGCUGAUCGAACACCAUGCCAUUCAUCUGGUGCGUUGGAUAGAAAUUCUGAGACCCAUCGGGUUCCAUUUCUUCAUCCUGAUGCUCAGGAUCAUCCGGACCGUCCUCAUCACUGCUCUCAGACUCUUCCUUCACGUGCUGCAAAAUUCAUGCAUAAAUUUGAAGGUACUUCACUUUUACGCCUACAGCGCCCCUAGCGUCAUUCUAGUGAAGCUGAGACAUACCAAAGAGUUUCCCAUCACUACAAAGCGCCUUUAACUCAAAGCAAAUAGAAGCAAGUAGAAGCAGAGAUAGGCCAAAAGCAAAAGUGUGAGCUUACUCCAAUUUAGUGCAAACCUUAGGACCUAGGAAAGUCCCAAAACCAAGUCAUAACCUCUUAAAUUUUACACCCAGCUUCAUGCCAAAUGAAGCGAUCACAGAAUCACAAAUAAAGACAAAAUUAGUUAAUUUCUAUGACCUGAAAAUUAGUUAAAA